AGUAACGUCCAUCCCCGAGGAGGGAAACUCCUGCAGCGUCUCGGGACCGCCGGGGUCCUCCUCAGUGUAGCAGCGCAGUCCAUCCGGAGGAGACGACCGCACGGAAGCAGCUAGCAUGCGCAGACAAUUAACGUAACGUUAGUUAAAUGGCGCCCGUCGAAAGGAAGUUAUAUCAGCGGUUGCUGGUCUUUGUCGCUUUUCUUCAUAUCUCAGGUGUUUUAUGUUUUAGCGAGUUAUUCUUCAUCAAGGAGCCCCAUGAUGUCACUGUCAUGCGGAAAGAAGCUGUUAUUUUGGACUGUCAGGCACACGGAGAGUCACCCAUCGACGUCAGAUGGCUCAAGAAUGGAGUAAAAGUAGUGGAGAGCGAACGGGUCUACCAUCUCUCCAAUGGCUCCCUUUAUAUUUCCGAGGUGGAGAGCAGAAGAGGAGACAAAUCAGACGAGGGGCUUUAUCAGUGUCUUGCUCAGAACAAGUACGGCGCAAUCCUGAGCCAGAAAGCCCGUCUUACAAUCGCAAGUAUUUCUGCUUUUGCAAUCCAGCCAACACCUGCAGUGGUGACUGAAGGCUCAGUUGCCAGGUUUUCCUGCAAAAUCAGUGCUCACCCUCCUUCCAUCAUCACUUGGGAGUUCAAUCGGGUCACAUUACCCCUCACCACUGAAAGAAUCACAGUCCUCCCCAGUGGUGUUCUCCAGAUCCACAGAGUGCAGCGGGCAGAUGCUGGAAAUUACCGCUGCAUCUCCACCAACAUCGCCAGCCGCCGCCGAAGCACAGAGGCUACCCUCACUGUCUUCCCAGCUCCCAGGCCUCAGCUUCCUCAGAGGCCACGUAUCAUUGCCGGGCCACAGAAUAUUUCGGUGUCGCUGCAUCAGAGUGCCAUCCUAGAGUGCAUAGCCACAGGCAAUCCCCAACCCAUCAUUUCCUGGAGCCGGGCAGACAGCAAGUCUAUUGACGUUUACAGUACAAGAGUGUUGGGGAACGGCAACCUCAUCAUCACAGACAUCAAGCCCCAGCACGGAGGAGUCUAUAUGUGCAGAGCCACCACUCCUGGCACGCGAAACUAUACGGUCGCUUCAGCAAAUAUCACCGUAUUAGCGCCUCCUUCCUUGGUGGAGUGGCCUGAGAGCCUGACCCGUCCACGUGCCGGUACCGCCCGCUUUGUGUGUCGAGCUGAAGGAGCUCCAACGCCUCAAAUCACUUGGCUCAAGAACGGAGAUAAAGUUCACUCCAAUGGUCGAAUCAAGAUGUACAACAGCAAACUAGUCAUCAACCAGAUCAUACCUGAGGACGAUGCCAUCUAUCAGUGCCAGGCGGAGAAUGAGCAGGGAUCGGUUCUCUCCAUGGCGAGGCUCAUUGUGGUGAUGUCUGAGGAUCGGCCAAGUGCUCCCAGGAAUAUCCAAGCCGACACUGUGUCGAGUUCUGCCAUCCUUCUGGCUUGGGAGAGGCCGCAGUAUAACUCGGAUAAAGUUAUAGCUUACUCAGUGCACUACAUGAAAGCUGAAGGAUUAAACAACGAGGAAUAUCAAGUUGUCAUCGGAAACGAUACCACACGUUAUAUUAUUGAUGACCUGGAGCCGGCUCGCAACUACACCUUCUACGUAGUGGCCUACAUGCCCAUGGGAGCCAGUCGUAUGUCGGACAACGUGUUCCAGCACACGCUUGAGGACGUUCCGCUCCGUGCGCCUGAGCUCAGCCUCACCAGUCGCAGUCCCAUGGACAUCCAAGUGUCUUGGCAGCCCCUUCCAGACAAGCUGAGUCGUGGCCGAGUCUCUGCCUACCGUUUGUCCUAUCGCACUAGUAGUGAGAGUACGGUUUCACAGAUCGAGCUACCUGGAGACAAGACCCAGCAUUUCCUAGAAAACCUGAAGCCUGACACCAUUUACCUCCUGCGUAUUGCUGCUGCUACCAGCGUCGGGUGGGGUGAGCAGUCUGUCUGGACAUCUCACCGCACUCCAAAGACAUCUAGCGCUCUAGUUCCUAUGGCUCCUGAACUGCGUUUAGAGCCUCUAAACUGCACCGCUAUCGUGGCGCGUUGGCAGCUGGCCCCCAGGAACUCAGUCAGUGUUCAAGGCUACAGACUCUUCCACCAUGAGGAGAGCCAAUCAGAGAGGUCCCCGGUUCAACUGCGUGCCUUGACAAAUACAUACACCUUUGGAGGCCUCGACCCACGGAAAAAGUACCACGUUAAACUUUUGGCUUAUAAUUUUGUGGGAGACGGCUACCAGGCUGACCAGACUAUCAGCACUCCUGGCUGUGUCUCUGUCAGAGACCGCCUCGUGCCGCCUCCACCUCCUCCACAUAACGUGUACACCAAGACUAACAGUUCGACCUCCGUGUUUCUGCACUGGGGUCGACCAGCCUUCACCUCCAGCCAUGCGGUCAACUACACUGUCCGCUGCAACCCCGUAGGCCUGCAGAACGCCUCCCUGGUGCUCUACCUGCAGACGAGUGAGCAGAACCUCCUGGUGACAGAUCUGGAACCAAACACCAAGUAUGAAUUUGCCAUUCGCCUUCACAUCGACCAGCUGUCCAGCCCCUGGAGCCCGGUGGUCUAUCAGAGCACCUUCCCUGAUGCUCCCACUCUGCCCCCCUCCAAUGUGAAAGUGACUCUGAUUGAAGAGGAUACAGCGCUGGUUUCAUGGAAACCUCCAGAUGAACCCAAUGUAGCUGUGACACAUUACACCGUCCUGUAUGCCUCGAGAAACGCCUGGAUAGCUGGGGAAUGGCAAGUGCUGCAACGAGAAGGAACUAUCACCAUGUCACUGCUGGAGAAGCUGAAGCCCGGCCAGAUUUACUUUGUGAAAGUUUCUGCGUCCAACCACAUGGGCGAUGGGCCUUUUUCUCAUACGAUGGAGCUGACUGUCCAAGCAGACUUCUCCUCUGGUCAUGAUCCCCGGCUCUCUCACGGCUCCACCCACCCCACAGGCUUUUCUGAUGGCUUCUACCACCUAGACCAGAAGUCAAUGACAGGGAUUACUGUUGGAGUCUGCAUCGCUCUCAUCUGCAUCAUCAUCUGCGCUUUCAUCAUCGUCUGCAGAGGGAAAAAUAGGAAAUUUUCAGCAGCUAAAAAAUACGGAGAAGGAGUGAACACAUCUGCCUCAGUUACAGCACAUCUGGGCUCUGAGGGACAAGCUGAACAGGCUGACGUGAGAAUCCCGGUGAUGAGCCAAAACCACUUCAUUGAUGCCAAGGGUGGGACAAAUCUCGUUAUAAAUUCUCUUGGCCCCGUUCGAUCCUGCACUGAGAAGAAAGAGAAGUGGUUUUCCUUCAGCAGUAACGGGAAAAAGCACAGCAAAGCAGUGCAGAAUAUGAGACACGUCUCUGCCUCCUACCAGCCCGGGACCCCUGUGUUGACCUUUGAAGACGAGCUUUCAAUGUCUCCAGACCAGCCCAUCACCCUGCAGGCCCUGCUCUGGCGUCCCGGUGACUCGGAAGGCUCCUCCAACAGCGAGGAAAGCCACGCAACCGGUGAUUCGGGUCGUUACUCUCACGACGAGACCGAGAUGACCAACCUCUCAUCCGGAACCGGCAGCCGGCCUCCGUCUCUCACCACAGAGGACGGCUGCAGCGCCGGCUGCAGUGCCGCACCCAAAGGGUCAGACGAGCUGGGGGGAAGUCGCGCUGGUCUGAAGCUAAUGGAGUCUGUAGAGAGUGGCUGCUGUCAUCAUGAAGCAAAGAGCGGCUCUGAGUCUGAACUUCCUUUCCAAGUCUGUGUGCCUAAGUGUGUGUGAGACUGUUUGCGCCUGUGUGUGCGUGUGUGUGUUGGUGUGAAAUUGUAGCGGCAGUGGUACACAUGCAAAAAGUUAAACUGCAUUCGGGUAGAAACAGAAGACAUGAGCAGAUCCCCUCAUGGACAUAUUUUGGGGAUUUUGGGAGUUAUUCAUCUACUGGUGAAACUUUCAUUAGAAGAUCGAUACCAUUUAUAUAUAAAGUGGUUUCCAUCUUUUCAUCUAACUCUAUCUACUCGACUAGCAUGUUUCCCAAAAUGAUUCCUUUUAACAAUUUAGCUGCUACAAGCAAACCCAAUUCAUUUAGAAAUUCUAAAAUUCAUCCACGUAAACUUCCUGCAGUUAUUUUCUGUUGUAAAUGUACCAGAAGCCUGAAUGUGAGUAUGAGAGAGGUGUGCCAAGCAGAGAGAGCCUUUUUAUCUUGGUCCAACACGCAAUGAAGAGAACGCCGACAAAUGCCUUUUAGAUUUUGGCAGGGAGGGGUAAAUUCCUUUUACUUUUCUUUUUCAUUCAAUGAAUGUCUAUAUUUUUCUUUUUUUUAUGUUUUAUUAUAUGUUUUUGAAAAAGAAAAAAUCUCACCCACCAUGAAUGUUUGUAAAGAAUGUGACAAAAAGUUACAUUUCUGACAUUAUUUAAGAGUUUAUCACUGGAGCGAAAGGGAAGUGUGAGUCCUUUUCACUGAUUAUCUACCUCGGUUUACUUACGGGUAAACUUACACUGUAUAUUUAAUAACUACUUAUACUUCCUUUGUUUUGUGAUGAACUUCCUCGGUCUCAUUACAUGUUAUACUUCCUGAUGACUUUUCCAAUUGUCAUCCAAUUCUGUCUCUUUCACUUUCUUUGUCCUGUUUUUAUGGAUGGUGAGGGCGCUGCAGCUUUCUCCUCUCGCUCCACCUCUUGUGUGGACUGAAGGCUGGGAAACAUACAGUUUGUUAUUUAUCUCCUCAGGUGUUGCUGAGGUACUGAGCCAGUAUUAAUAGUGUUUUUUAUCAUUUUGCCCAUUAUUGAUUAAUGGUGUGAAAAGAUAAUGUGUGCUUUUGUUUUGUAUGUCGGCGUGCAGCUGCCCUCGCUAUUCCUGUUUUAUACUACCUCGAUUAAGAAUUUAUUUUAUUGUCAUAUUAUUUUCCUAAGCUUAGGGAAUGAGUUUAGUACAUUUGAAAAGUCAUGUAGUGUUACAUGCUUAACUGACAGGGUAUCUUCUCAGUACUAAACUGUUGUAGAGUGUAAUUGCCUAAGAGAAUGAAUGUAUCUGGAGUUGUGCUGCCUUCCCCAAAGAUGAAAACCCCCUGUGGUUUCUCCUCAGGUACUUUAACAUCUGUUUUUCUCAACAGACUUUCCUUUAUUGACUUCUUCCUUUUUAUUCGAGUAAAGAUUCACACCAGAAGUGCUUGCAGUGGCGUGUCGGUAAAGAAAAGCUUUAUAAUUGGCCUUAAUGUGGGAAAGCAUCCCUCAGAAGUGGAAACCAAAGCCUAAUCUUUCUGAGGGAAAAGCUUCACGUGAGUAUGCAAACCGUGAAGGAUGAUUGUAGUAAAAGCAAUGGGAGUAAUAGUGCUCAGUCAAAGAGGAACGUGAAGAAUUGAAUGAACACCAUAAAACUAUAUUUUUGUUAGAAGAUAAUGUAGUACUGAGUACACUUUGUGGUUACCUUUUGUUCCAAGUAGUGUUCUUGUUUAGUUGGAGAGUAGAUAAAGAGUAGCACUUGUUUGCCAAGUAGUUUUGUAUUAUCUGCCAAUGUGCAGCGGUGACUGUGAUGCUAUUAACCAAAGAGUUGUUUGCUACCUUACUUAAUUUUAGUCUCUCAACUAAUCUCUGGCAGAAGGUUACUGAGGAAUGAGAAAUAAUCUAAACGCAUUAGACCAAAGAUGAAACGCGGCCUUUGAGAUCAGUUGAAGCCUUAGUGGCCUUGGCCCGGUACAAGGAGAAAGAAGAUGCGGGUUAAAACUCUGAGGAAGUGCCAGCAGGAGGAACCGGCACUUCAUGAUAAUGGAGUUCCGAUUCAUAAUCGAUGUUAUGCACACAAAUCAAAUUAUUCUGUCGCAGAGUGCCUCAAAAACUGUUGCAAACGGAUAUCUGUAAAUUGUAGGUGAAAAUGAGUAAAUACAGUAUAUUAUAUUGAGUAGUGUCUGUGUUGCAACAGUGCAGUCGUGUGAAAACAACCACCCACUGAUUUUUAUCCUGAGGUUAAAUUAAUUUAUGUUUUACGAUUUAAAAGUUUGUAUUUGGUAGACUUCCUCACAUGGUAGAUACUUAAAAUACAUUUUAAACAAGGAAAACUUGUCUGGUAUUUAAAUUUCAUGCUUUAUAUACAGAUCAUUUGUCAAUAUGACAAUUCUUUGAAAGUAUCAUAAGAUAGUAGAAAAGUCAGUGGGCCCUCAAAAGUUUUCACAUUUCUGUAUUUUUAAUCAGAGGAUUCUGCGGAGGAUUCAAUCAUGAACAUUUUCGGGAUGAAAAGUGACACAAUCAGCUUAACGUUUUGAAAAGCAAACACGGUAAACCAAAGAUUUACAGGUCACCGUUGCGUAUUGGUAUACUGACAGAGAUCCGUUGAAAAGAAUCUUAUCUUUGUGUGAAGUUUUGUCAUUGUCUCAUUCAUUGGUGUAUAAUAUGCUGUAGUAAAAGAAAGCAGAAUGAGAGCUGUUUCUUAAUCAUUUAUUUUGAGUAAUUCAAGUUUUAUUAUUUUUAAUUCUUUUUUCUUUUAUCGAUUGAGUCGUGAUUGUCUUUGCAGAGUAAAAGGAGGUCAAGAUCCUCCUGCAAAUAUCCCGAGAUGUCGGUCUGUUGUCUUUCUUCCCAUCAGUGUCUUAUGUUGGAACAAUGUUUCUGUCCAAACCUGUGAAUUGAAAGGGAUGAGACACCGUCUUGUUUCCUAUUUUGUUUUAAUAAUGAGGUGGAGCGCUGCGGGUCAUUUUUAGUCUCAGGGGAACCCAUAGCUGCUCCUGCUCAGAGAAAAAGCAAGUUUUAAGUCUUGAAAAUGGAAUGUACCUUUUUGUAAUAAUUAUGUUUUCUGAUAUGUUCUCUUAAUGUUUUGUAAUAUUUUGUCUUUGUCAGCAAAGUCAAAGUUGUUUCUUUGCCCAAAAAUGGUUUAGUUAGGAUCAUUUUGACAUUGUUUAAUCAUGAAAAAGUCUGAUUCUGAAUGUAAAUAAAAAUUAAAAACUGCAA